GCGAGGGGUAACUUUACUGGCUUGAGGGUGGGUUUUAGUUUAAUUUUUCUUUUCUAGCUUCCCAUCGCGGGCCAGUACUCACGUCCGGACCAGCUGAGGCCAUGUCAGGAGACGCAGCCACGGAACAGGCAGCUGAAUAUGUCCCAGAGAAGGUGAAGAAAGCUGAAAAGAAAUUAGAAGAGAAUCCAUAUGACCUUGACGCUUGGAGCAUUCUCAUUCGAGAGGCACAGAAUCAACCUAUAGACAAAGCACGGAAGACUUAUGAACGCCUUGUUGCCCAGUUCCCCAGUUCUGGCAGAUUCUGGAAACUGUACAUUGAAGCAGAGAUUAAAGCUAAAAAUUAUGACAAGGUUGAAAAGCUAUUUCAGAGAUGCCUUAUGAAGGUUUUGCACAUUGAUUUAUGGAAAUGUUACCUUUCAUAUGUCCGAGAAACAAAAGGAAAACUACCAAGUUACAAAGAAAAAAUGGCUCAAGCAUAUGACUUUGCACUGGAUAAAAUUGGAAUGGAAAUUAUGUCGUACCAGAUUUGGGUAGACUAUAUCAACUUCUUAAAAGGCGUGGAAGCCGUUGGAUCCUAUGCCGAAAAUCAGAGAAUAACAGCUGUCCGAAGAGUUUAUCAACGAGGUUGUGUUAAUCCAAUGAUCAAUAUUGAACAACUCUGGAGAGAUUAUAACAAGUAUGAAGAGGGUAUCAAUAUUCAUUUAGCUAAAAAAAUGAUUGAAGAUCGAAGCAGAGAUUACAUGAACGCUAGGCGUGUAGCAAAGGAAUAUGAGACAGUAAUGAAAGGUUUGGAUCGCAAUGCCCCCUCCGUGCCUCCUCAAAAUACUCCUCAAGAAGCUCAGCAAGUAGAUAUGUGGAAAAAAUAUAUACAGUGGGAAAAGAGCAACCCUCUUCGUACAGAGGAUCAGACCCUCAUAACAAAAAGAGUUAUGUUUGCAUAUGAACAGUGCCUGCUUGUUCUGGGCCAUCACCCCGAUAUUUGGUAUGAAGCUGCGCAAUAUCUGGAGCAGUCAAGUAAACUGCUAGCAGAGAAGGGGGAUAUGAAUAAUGCCAAAUUGUUUAGUGAUGAAGCUGCUAAUAUAUAUGAAAGAGCCAUAAGCACUUUAUUAAAGAAGAAUAUGCUGCUUUAUUUUGCAUAUGCAGAUUAUGAAGAGAGUCGCAUGAAGUAUGAGAAGGUUCACAGUAUAUACAACAGACUUCUAGCAAUUGAAGAUAUUGACCCUACCUUGGUAUAUAUCCAAUAUAUGAAAUUUGCAAGAAGAGCAGAGGGCAUAAAAUCUGGAAGAAUGAUAUUUAAGAAAGCAAGAGAAGAUGCCCGGACCCGCCACCAUGUCUAUGUCACGGCCGCACUCAUGGAGUACUACUGCAGUAAGGACAAAUCUGUUGCCUUUAAGAUUUUUGAGCUAGGGCUCAAGAAAUAUGGAGACAUUCCAGAAUAUGUCCUGGCCUAUAUUGAUUAUCUCUCUCACCUUAAUGAGGACAAUAAUACCCGAGUUUUGUUUGAACGAGUUCUAACCUCCGGAAGCCUUCCUCCUGAGAAGUCUGGAGAAAUCUGGGCCAGGUUUCUGUCUUUUGAAAGUAAUAUUGGUGAUCUGGCUAGUAUUCUCAAGGUGGAGAAAAGACGGUUUACAGCAUUCAAAGAAGAAUAUGAAGGCAAAGAAACCGCUCUACUGGUAGACAGGUACAAGUUCAUGGACUUAUAUCCGUGCUCUGCCAGUGAACUCAAAGCACUGGGCUAUAAGGAUGUCUCCCGUGCUAAACUAGCAGCUAUAAUUCCAGACCCAGUUGUAGCUCCCUCCAUCGUGCCUGUUCUGAAAGACGAAGUGGACAGAAAACCAGAAUACCCGAAGCCAGACACUCAACAGAUGAUUCCGUUUCAGCCGCGACAUUUAGCACCUCCAGGCCUACACCCGGUCCCUGGUGGAGUGUUCCCAGUACCACCGGCAGCAGUAGUGCUAAUGAAACUCCUCCCUCCUCCCAUCUGUUUCCAGGGUCCAUUUGUUCAAGUGGAUGAACUGAUGGAAAUUUUCCGAAGAUGCAAGAUACCAAAUACUGUGGAAGAAGCUGUGAGGAUCAUUACCGGUGGCGCUCCGGAGCUGACAGUGGAGGGCAAUGGCCCAGUAGAAAGUAACGCCGUUCUCACGAAGGCUGUCAAAAGGCCCAAUGAGGAUUCCGAUGAAGACGAAGAAAAGGGAGCCGUUGUGCCCCCUGUUCAUGACAUUUACAGAGCACGGCAGCAGAAGCGAAUCCGGUGAAGCAGGCUCAAAACCUGCCUCGGGAAGAACACUCGGACCCAGGAUUCCUCUCUUGCCUCUUAAGUCAUAUGUUUAUGAGACAACGCUUUGUUACAAGGAUCUUUGAAACAAAGUCGUAUUGUCAUUGGUGCCUCUAUCAUAUGGUUCUUGAGAAACAAACAAACCUGUGUGAAUUUUAGAGCAUGGAACAGACCGAAGGCAAAUACGCAAAAUGAGGUUUUCACAAAGGUGAGAACAGUCUGUUCCCUCUUCAAGGGCGUCUGGACGUGUAUGUGCCUCUUGAAGAUUUGUGAGUUUUCAACAGUUUUAUUUUAAAAACUGUAUGGCUUAUGAUUGUAAAGUGUUUUAUUACAUUUUCUGAAAAAAGUUGUUCUCAGCUUGCUUAUGUAGAGUCCUGCCUUAUUGUUUGUUUGUUUUUAUUUAUGGCAGAAAUGUAUGGAAUCUGUUUUGUAGUUUAAAAUUUUAAAAGCAGAUCUU